AUCGUUUUACAAAAUAGUUGUUACGGUUUAGAAAUACAAACUAAGAUGUCAGUAGUGCGAUCGUGCCCAGGGCUGUACUGUGGCCGUACACAGUUGGACAAUGGCUCCUGGAGCGACUGCGGUGCAUGUCCGCGAGGUUUCCGUACGAACGCGUCGAGUUACUGCGAGCCGUGUACAGAUGUACCGACGUUGUAUGAUUGGCAGUAUUUGGGGUUUAUGGUGCUCUUGCCCCUGGUGUUGCACUGGUUCUUUAUUGAUAUGGUGUCGAUAGGCAAAGGGAAACAAGGCAUACUGGCUCAACACUUCUCAGCAUUCUUUGAGGUAGUCUCUGGCACACUAGCGGCCUUGCUCGUCCUGCCACCAACCGGCAGCUUGGCAUUACAUGUGUGCACUCCAACGGCACUGUCGGACUGGUACACUUUGCUGCAUAACCCGCAGCCAGACUAUAAGGAGACGUUGCAUUGUACACAGGAAGCGGUUUAUCCGUUGUACACAAUAAUACUGCUGAUCUACGCCUUCAGCUUACUGAUGACAAUCACUAUAAGGCCAUGGUUGAUGGCAUACCAUCCCCCGAACCCUGGAAAGAAGGCCAUAUACUGUGCUCUGUACUUUUAUCCCAUAUUGGUUCUUAUUCAUACUGUUGCUGCUGGACUUAUUUACUGUUCAUUCCCCUACAUAAUCAUAAUAAUAUCAAUGAUGACAUCCGCGUCACACUUCUCCAUCAAGCUCGACCAAUCAGCAUCAGCCUUACUCCUCUCUUCAAUAGCCAACCCCAGGAACCUAGUUAUCCUGAUCGGCCAUUGGCUGGUCCAUGCGUACGGCAUCAUAUCUCUCACUGGGUUGAAGGAUCUGUGGUAUCUGAACCUAGUGCCUGCCCCGGCGUUGUUUUAUAUACUAACGGCACAGUUUACUGACCCGAUGAAGAUACAUAAUGAUUGACGGUAUUGGAAAACUGUAUGGAAAUAAUGUGGGAUAGUUCAGAAC